CCAUGCGUCCUACAACCUGAUCUAAUUACAUAAUCUAAGCCUUCACUUUUUAAAUUACAAUAAACACGUAAAGUGACAUCGUAAGUGUACACAUUCGUGAUUAGUUUUGUGUAAUAAAAAGGCGAAUGGAUACACAAUAGGCACGCAAGAAAUGAAACGUAAAAGGUCGCUUACGGGCGUCGCUUGGUGACGUACAGCCGCUAGCUAUGUCCGCGGUACACGUCAGAACGAUGCGUUACAUACUAUUUUGUCUCCUGUCCCUCUCGCUGAACAGAAAUCUCGCGUUCGUUCUCGAUAAACAGAACCCUUAUUCACAAUUCCGCAAAUGGAACGCCGGAUUAAAUGGCACGUUGGAACUUGAGUUCAAAACUGAUGUACCGAACGGUUUACUUUUAUAUACGGACGAUGGUGGUACUUAUGACUUUUUUGAGUUGAAAUUAGUGAAUGGUGCGUUAAGGUUGAGGUAUAAUUUGGGCGGCGGAGCACAGAUUAUAACGGUGGGAAGCAAUUUAAAUGACGGCCACUGGCACAAAGUUCAGGUGGCGCGGCGCGAUGAACACACUUCUUUAUCUGUGGACGGAAUCAUACAGAGCAAAACGUCGCGGGGCAAGGAGUUUGCGUUUGGAAAAUUCAACACAAAUUCUGAUGUGUUCGUCGGCGGGAUACCUCCAUCGUACAAUUCAAAACUGACCACGCUAGCCUUACCAUCGGUGAUUUUCGAGCCCAAGUUCAAAGGAUCAGUACGAAAUUUGGUGUACUCGGAUUUGCCUGGACAGCCACCUCGAAGACAGGAGUUGCGACAUUCAAGAGAUUUAAAGAGUUCACGCAUCACCAAUGCGAGCGGGGAUGCGUGCGAGCGACGCGAUCCUUGUCAACAUGGCGGCGUGUGUAUCAGCACUGAUGACGGACCGAUUUGCGAGUGCAGGGACGGCGAUUAUGAAGGUGCCUUCUGUGAAAGAGAUAAAGCUCCUUCUGAAGCAACAUUCCGCGGUGCUGAGUUUCUUUCAUAUGAUUUGACUCAAACUGGCGGUGAACCAAUUGUUAGUACACAGGACGCGAUCUCCCUCUAUUUCAAGACGAGACAACCCAACGGGCUUCUGUUUUAUACAGGUCAUGAGGCAGACUAUCUUAACUUAGCUGUUCGAGAUGGUGGUCUCUCACUCACUAUGGGCCUUGGAAACGGCAAGCAGGAGAUGCAUAUCAAGCCUUCGAAGACACGUUUUGAUGAUCAUCAAUGGCACAAACUUACUGUUAGAAGGCGGAUUCAGGAGAUUACACCGUUCACGAGCUUUUGCAGGGUAUCAGCAGUAGUAGACGAUGUGUACUCAGAACACUCUCAUGUGGCUGGUUCUUUCACCAUGUUGGCCAGUUCCAGAGCUCAUGUUGGGGGUUCAUUAAACGCUAGAGCGUUACCUGGUGCUAGAGUUCAUACCAAUUUUAUUGGUUGCUUAAAAAAGGUGGAGUUUUCAGCAGACACACUCCGUUUGAACUUGAUCGACUUAGCACGAACGGGUAGCAAGCUGAUCACAGUGACCGGAAGACUUGAAUACGCUUGUACCGCAACUGAUUCAGCUGACCCUGUGACGUUUACUACUAGAGAUGCACAUUUGAUAUUACCAAAAUGGGAAGCUGUGAAAACUGGAACAAUUUCAUUCAAGUUCCGAACAAAUGAACCAAAUGGACUAAUUCUCUUCAACAUGGGCGCGAAGCCACCAAGGGUAGGUUGCACGGCGGAUCUCUUUGCUGUGGAGAUUCUCAAUGGGUAUAUUUACGUCCACGUGGAUUUAGGGUCUGGAGGCGUUCGAGUUAGGGCUUCUCGAAGACGGGUCGACGAUUCGCAUUGGCACGAAUUUCUUCUGAGAAGAACUGGUAGAGAUGGAAGAGUCACUGUUGAUGGGGCCAAUGCUGAGUUUAAGACGCCUGGUGAAUCGAAUCAACUCGAGCUCGAUGGGCCUCUUUUUGUUGGUGGUCUUGGUUCGGAAUACUCCGCCUCUAGGACGCCGGCGGCGUUGUGGACAGCUGCUUUAAGACAGGGCUUUGUUGGAUGCAUUCGUGAUUUGGUGCUAAAUGGGAAACCGCAGGAUCUGACCGCUUAUGCAAGACAACAAGAUUCUGCAUCUGUCAGACCAGCUUGUCAUGUAUUGAUGAAGCAAUGUGUCAGUUCUCCUUGUCAGCAUAGUGGGAUUUGCACUGAAGGCUGGAAUCGACCAAUAUGCGAUUGUUCUGCUACAAAUUAUGGUGGACCUACUUGUGGACGAGAAUCGGCUACAAUUUUCCUCAAUGGCAGUCAACAUCUCACAGCUGCACUUGGACCUGAGCACGUCACGCAAACCGAAGAACUACUACUGCGGUUCCGUACUACUAAAGCGGGAUUACUACUUAGAACUGCAUCUGAACAUUCAGCUGAUAGGAUCGAAUUAGCCGUAGCUGCAGGAAGGGUUAGGGCCAGUGUAAGGUUAGGAGAUAGAGAAAAGAAUCUUCUAGCUGGUACAAAUGUAGCAGACGACAAGUGGCAUACGGUUCGCUUUUCGCGCCGCGCAUCAAACCUUAAGCUGCAGGUAGACGGAGGGCAGCCAGUCCGCGGUACGUUAUCUGAAACAAUUCUAGGAAAAGCGUCAACUUUAGAAAUUUCGACGCUACAUUUAGGAGGACUAUAUCAUCCGGAAGAAGAAAUCCAAAUGACAUCUACACUACCUAAUUUUGUCGGUUAUCUACAGAAAUUCAUUUUCAAUGGCAUAAAAUACAUAGAUAUGGCUAGAACACUCGGAAUUGGCAGUAGUGAUGAAAACAACAAUAUAUACGAUACGUCUAAUAUCAUAUUUACUGGUAAAUUCGUAAAACCAGAUUCUUUAAAUGUUUAUAAGGCUGUGACAUUUAAAUCAAAACACACGUACGUUGGAUUGCCUUUACUUAAGGCAUACGGGAAUACGUAUUUAGAUUUUUAUUUCCGAACGACAGAAAUGGAUGGUUUAUUAUUCUAUAACGGAGGAAAGAAACAAGAUUUUAUAGCUGUGGAAUUGGUUAAUGGCCAUAUUCAUUGCGUGUUCAAUCUUGGUGAUGGAGUGGUAACAAUGAAAGAUAAAUUGAAGAGUUUUCUAAAUGACAAUAGAUGGCACUCAGUCUCAAUAAGAAGACCGACUCCAAAAAUCCAUACGAUGCAAGUCGAUGAAGAUUUAGAAAUGCAUACAACAAGUUCAAAUCUUAUGCUGGAGCUAGAUAGCGUUCUAUACGUGGGUGGGGUACCAAAGGAAAUGUACACAGCGUUGCCAGUAGGUGUGCUUUCAAGGCAAGGGUUUGAAGGGUGUAUGUCAAGCUUGGAUCUUCCAGGGGAGUCGCCGUCUUUGAUAGAAGAUGCUGUUGUACCAAGUUCUUCAUUAGUAUCAGGAUGUGAAGGUCCUACUAAGUGCACACACAACGCGUGCGCCAACAAGGGUGUGUGCGUGCAACAGUGGAACACUUACGUGUGCGAUUGUGAUCUUACUUCCUUCACGGGACCCACUUGUUACGAUGAAUCAAUUGCAUACGAGUUCGGUCCCGGUCGAGGCAUCAUAACCUACACGUUUCCACCUAGCGCAGUCGCAGAUACCGAAACUGACAAAGUAGCUGUCGGUUUUGUUACAAGCAAGUCUGAUGCCGUGUUGUUGAGGAUCGAGUCUUCUAAUACACAGGAUUAUAUGCAGAUGGAAAUAAUUCGGGGUAAUCUAUUCAUGGUCUAUAACGUGGGUGAUGGCGAUCAUCCGUUGGGUGACGAAGCGGCGAGGGUGGACGACGGCGCGUACCACGUGGCUCGGUUCACAAGGAACGGUAGCCGAGCGGCGCUACAGUUGGACAACUACGCUGUUAAUAUAAGACAUCCACAGGGCGGGCAGCAGUCGUCCAUAUUCAACGGCAUGUCGCGCGUGGUGGUGGGCGGCGGCGGCGGCGGCGCGCGCUCGUUCCGCGGCGUGGUGGCGGGGCUCGUGCUCAACGGCGCGCGCGUGCUGGACCGCGCGGCCGCCGCCGACCCCGCCGCCGCGCUGCGCGGGGACGUGCGCCGCGCCGCCGCGCCGCUCGACCGUGACAUCAACCGCAUGCAACAGACUCCCCCAUCGGGCUACGGUGGCCCUGGGGUGCUGGACGAACUCGUGUACUCCGGUGCCGGUUCGGGCUGUCGGGAUGACGACGAAGACGCUUGUGUGCUCCCCGACGCGGGGUCUGGGGACGAUCUCAUCACCCCAGUCUACGUCCCGUCUACAAGACGACCACCUUCUAAGUUGCAUAAGGGUGAUAUCAGCGGUAAGCUUAUGAAGCCUUGCGACGAUGAGGACUGCAUUGAAGGUUCUGGUGCCAGUGGAGAAGAAAUCACUGAACCAGAACAUCCUGUGACCACUUCCGGUGCAAGUAGCACGCAUGCGAUGACGUCACCAACCGCUCCGAUAUCAACGGAGCACGUUGAUAAAUCCCUCUCAGGGUCCACCGCUAGUGGCACAGAUACCACUGGUACCACGAAAAGCGAUCAAUCCACUCUACCAGAUCAUGACAAUAUGCAUGCUGGCACCUUGGACACUGCGACCACACCAGAAAAAGGGACUACACCAACUGACGACCGUUCCCACUCUGGUCUCUUCACGCCCACAAUGACGGGGACGGGUAAGCACACGGAAUCUACUCGCACUACGGAGGACGAUCAUCGCAUACCAGAUUACGAAGACCAUAAGAACGAAAUAGAGACGAGAUCACCAACAUACGAAAUCGAAGAACAGGAUCGAGGUCCGAGGAUACACCCAGAUUACAACGGAUACGAACACGAGAUCACCACCAAGUGGUACCAUCCGAAGACUACUGACAGUAGGGUUGUACCACCCGAGUCUGAAUUCUUCGCAACUAUUGUUGGUAUAGUGGCUUCAGUGCUGAUAGCAAUAAUACUGAUUGCGAUCAUCGUGCUCAAGUUGUUGUUCCGCCUGGAUCCCUCCUACAAGGUGACUGAGGAUAAGAACUAUCAACAAAGUGCUAGUGCGGCAUUGCUAGGAAACCAGCAGGCUCACUCGAGCUACCAAACCGCUUCGAGCGCUGCGGGCGCUGGCGGCGCGUCCCGCUCGCUGCAGCCUCUAGCGCUGCAGCGCAACGGCAGCACGCCGCUCGGACCGCCUCAGCCCGUGAAGCGCGACGGCAUCAAGGAGUGGUACGUGUAGGUGUGUACUGUUAGGUGGCUUGUGGUCGCAACUCGCUGGAGGGUCGACGAUAACGUUGAUGUUCGAUUGUUUAGUUUUAAAUAUUUAUUUAUUAACUGCUACUGAAUCCCUCAACCGUAAAAAAUGUAUAUGUUUGACGGAUACACAUCAAGAUUUCAAUCCAAGAUUUUAUAUCACAUUAUUUGUUUAAGUGUUAGCUGUG